AUGGCCUCCAAGAAUGCCUCCCGCGCCCUGCGCACAUCGCUCCGCCAGCUCAAGGCUCCCCAGGUCCAGCAGCGAUCGUUCGUGAGCGCCGUCAACGCCAGCAGACCCAGCCUCCAGCCAGCGCUCAAGGCCACACAAUCUGCAUUCGUGCAGCAGAGCAGAGGCAAGAAGACCGUCGACUUUGCCGGCGACAAGGAGGUCGUCUACGAGCGCAAUGACUGGCCGCGUGAGAGGCUCCUUGAAUACUUCAAGAACGACACUCUCGCCCUCAUCGGUUACGGUUCGCAAGGUCACGGUCAAGGUCUCAACCUCCGUGACAACGGCCUGAACGUCAUUGUUGGUGUACGAAAGGGCGGUGCCAGCUGGAAGGAGGCACAACAAGAUGGCUGGGUUGAGGGCAAGAACCUCUUCGACAUCGACGAGGCCAUCGGCAAGGGUACCAUCAUCAUGAAUCUGCUCAGCGACGCUGCGCAGAGUGAGACAUGGCCACACAUCAAGCCAAUGCUCACCAAGGGCAAGACCCUCUACUUCUCUCACGGUUUCUCCCCAGUCUUCAAAGACCAGACCAAGGUUGAGCCACCAAAGGACAUCGAUGUCAUCCUCGUCGCACCAAAGGGCUCCGGCCGCACUGUCCGCACCCUCUUCCGUGAGGGCCGCGGUAUCAACAGCAGUGUCGCCGUCUUCCAGGACGUGACUGGUAAGGCUGAGGAGAAGGCAUUCGCUCUCGGUGUGGCUGUCGGCUCCGGCUACAUGUACAAGACAACCUUCGAGAAGGAGGUGCACAGCGAUCUCUACGGUGAGCGUGGUUGCUUGAUGGGCGGUAUCCACGGCAUGUUCCUUGCUCAGUACGAGGUUCUCCGUGAGAACGGCCACUCUCCAUCUGAGGCUUUCAACGAGACUGUCGAGGAGGCCACCCAGUCGCUGUACCCCCUGAUUGGCCAGAACGGCAUGGACUACAUGUACGCCGCAUGCUCGACCACUGCUCGUCGUGGUGCCAUCGACUGGAGCAAGCGCUUCAAGGACAGCCUCAAGCCAGUGUUUGAGGACCUCUACGACAGCGUCAAGACCGGCAAGGAGACUGCACGCACCAUGGAGUAUGCUGGCCGCAAGGACUACCGUGAGGCAUUCGAGAAGGAGAUGGAGGAGAUCCGCAACCUUGAGAUCUGGAGAGCCGGCAAGGCCGUCCGCAGCCUGAGACCCGAGAACAAUUAA